UCCUCUGCGGCACAGCCUCGCUCUCUUCCGGUCUCGAGCAACCCGGGUGUAGAGAGCGGUCGCGGUGGGCACGGUGGGCUGCGGCUGGGCGGCGGCAGAAUGUUGACUACCAGAGUAUUUAGCCUAAUUGGCAAGCGAGCAAUUUCCACCUCGGUGUGUGUACGAGCACAUGGGAGUGUUGUGAAGAGUGAAGACUAUGCCCUCCCGAGUUAUGUCGAUAGACGUGACUAUCCCUUGCCCGAUGUGGCCCACGUCAAGAACCUUUCUGCCAGCCAGAAGGCUUUGAAAGAGAAGGAGAAGAACCCCUGGAACAGUCUGUCAGUUGAUGAAAAAGUUGAAUUGUAUCGCAUUAAGUUCAACGAGAGCUUUGCUGAAAUGAACAGGAGCACGAAUGAGUGGAAGACAGUUGUGGGUGCGGCCAUGUUCUUCAUCGGCUUCACUGCUCUCAUUCUGAUCUGGGAGAAACGCUUUGUGUAUGGCCCCAUCCCGCACACCUUUGAUGAGGAGUGGGUGGCCAAGCAGACCAAGAGGAUGCUCGACAUGAAGGUCAGCCCGAUCCAGGGCUUCUCUGCCAAGUGGGACUACGACAAGAACGAGUGGAAGAAAUAAGAACCCACCAUUCACGUACCUGAACCUUACCAUGUUCUUUCAUUUCUUGCAGUUCAGCAUAUUCACUGGAAACUGUUAUGUUGCAAUACCAAUGCUAAUAAAUGAACAGUUUACUUGAAA